UACAAACUGCCCAAAACAAUUUUUGAGUAGUUCAUCAUCAGUUUAAGUCUACUUUCAUCAAUGGAGCUUUAUUUGCCUUUCAUUCCAGUGAUCUUAAGUUUUAUCCUGUUUAUGUUCAUGGUGAUGAAAAUAGGAAAAAGAAUAACCAAAACCCAAGAUCCAAACUCAAAAUUGCCUCCAGGACCAAGGAAACUGCCUCUCACUGGAAAUUUGCACAAUAUGUUAGGCUUGCCGCAUAGGACUCUCAGAGAUUUGAGCCAGAAAUACGGACCUUUGAUGCAUUUGCAGCUUGGUGAGGUUUCUGCUAUUGUUGUCUCUUCACCGAAAGUGGCCGAGCUGUUUAUGAAGACCCAUGAUCUAAAUUUCUCAGAUAGGCCACAAAUCAUUGCUGCACAGAUUAUGUCUUAUGGUUGUACAGAUGUAGCUUUCUCUCCUUAUGGUACCUACUGGAGGCAGUUGCGGAAGAUUUUGAUGGUGGAACUCUUAGGUGCUAAACGUGUACAGGCGUUUAAGUCCAUAAGAGAAGAAGAAGUGUCAAAUUUCAUUCAGAGUAUUUCUUCCAAUGCUGGAGCACCAGUAAAUCUGUCCGAAAAGAUUUCGUCCUUGACUAUUGACAUGGUUUCCAGGGCAGCAUUCGGUAAGAAAUGCAAUGAUAAAGAAGCAUUUAUAUUGCAUAUGCUUGAAGUAACCAAGUUGGCCGGAGGAUUUGACAUUGCUGAUAUUUUUCCUUCACUGAAAUUGCUUCAUGUUUUGAUUGGAACCAAGGCAAAAUUGGAGUUGUUGCACCAGAAAGUUGAUAAGACCCUCAAUGAUGUUAUUAAGGAUCACAAGGCUAAUCGAGCGACAACUAACAGUAGUAGCAUGAGUAGUGAAAUGGAGGAGGAUUUUGUAGAUGUACUUCUUCAACUCCAAGAGAGUGGUACUCUUGAAUCUCCAAUGACAACCGAUAAUCUUAAAGCCGUUAUUUGGGAUGUUUUCAUUGCAGGAACUGAUACCUCAUCAACUGUACUAGAAUGGGCUGUGUCUGAACUGGUUAAAAAUCCAAGAGUCAUGGAGAAGGUACAAGCUGAGGUGAGAAAUGUCUUCAAUGGAAAGAAACAGAUUGAUGAAUUCGACCUUCAUAAAUUAGACUACUUAAAGUUAGUUAUCAAAGAAACUCUGAGGUUACAUCCUGCAGCUCCACUGUUACUUCCAAGAGAAUGUAAAGAGACAUGUGAGAUUAAUGGGUACGAGAUACCGAAGAAAGCAAAAGUGAUUGUAAAUGCCUGGGCAAUUGGAAGAGAUCCAGAAUACUGGACUGAUGCUGAGAGCUUUGAACCAGAGAGGUUUAACGGUAAUUCUGUUGAUUAUAGAGGAACUAACUUCGAGUACAUACCAUUUGGGGCUGGUAGGAGAAUGUGUCCAGGGAUGUCAUUUGGUAUUGCUAAUGUCGAACUACCACUUGCUCAAUUACUGUACCAUUUUGAUUGGAAGCUCCCAAAUGAGCUCAAGCUAGAAGAGCUAGACAUGUCAGAGACGUUUGGUGCGAGCGUCAGAAGAAAAACAGAUUUGAACUUAAUUCCCAUUAAUUAUUGUACUUCAGCGUCUCCCUGAGCUCAAUCAACCUACAGAAAGGAUGAAUAAAAUUCUGUGUUCUUCUGUUUCAUAUUUAAAAUUCAAUUACAUCUGGAAUGGAGUUUGUAACAAAUGAUCCUACAGAAUGCAACUCCUUCAGCCACAUUACUAGUGU